UGGCAUUCGAGCGAAUCUCUUUUGUUUGCUGUUCACGCACUCAUCACUUUGCACGCUCUAUUGCAGUUCUCUGGCGAACUUCCAGCGGAACAGCCAACAACAACUUCAGUAUGGCAUCGUCUUUCGGAAUUAGCAGCGCUGUUGGAAUAAACUGCAUUGUUUUAGAAGAAUAAAGCGGUGCGAUUAAGUGCAGCAGUGGCUGAGCCACUUUGAGGCAACAAUUUCGACUUUUCUCGAUAAGAAUGAAGCAGCUAAAACGAGGAAUUGAGAAGAAUGGACCAGGGUAUGUUGCCCUGGUUCCAGAAGAAGCAGAAGAUAUGUGGCAUAUUUACAAUUUGAUUAGGGUUGGUGAUGUGGUCAAAAGCAAAACGAUACGAAAGGUUGUAACCGAAACGGCAACUGGUACAACUUCUAGUCAACGAAUGCAUACCGUGCUCACGAUACGUGUUGAAUCAAUUGAUUUUGAUCCUGGAGCUAAUGCCUUGCAUCUCAAGGGAAGAAAUAUUGUUGAAAAUGACUUGGUAAAACUUGGAGCUUAUCACACCCUCGAUUUGGAGCCUAACAGACGAUUUACUCUCGAAAAGACAGAGUGGGACACCAUUGAUCUGGAACGCCUCGAUACUGCACUCGAUCCGGCAGCGCAAGCGGAUGUUGCUGCUAUUGUUUUGCAUGAAGGAUUGGCUAAUGUGUGCCUUCUUACUCCAGCUAUGACUCUUGUUCGAGCUAAAAUCGACAUGCAGAUACCUCGAAAACGGAAAGGAUUCACAUCUCAGCACGAAAAGGGCAUACAACGGUUCCUUGAUGCUGUCUCAGCAGCUUUCAUGCGACAUGUUAACUUGAACGUAAUCAAAUGUGUUUUGAUAGCUAGUCGUGGCUUUUUGAAGGAGCAAUUCUUGGAACAUUUGUUACAAUAUGCUGAUGCGCAGGGUAAAAAGAUCACCACCGAACAGCGUAGUAAAUUCAUGUUGACUCACUCUAGUAGUGGUUUCAAGCACGCUUUGAAAGAGGUGUUGGAAGAUCCUGCUGUGGCCAUCCGCCUAGCUGACACGAAGGCACAAGGCGAGGUGAAAGCGCUAAACACCUUUUUCGAGUUGAUGUCUACGGAACCCGAUCGAGCAUUCUAUGGCUUCAAGCAUGUUUCGAUGGCAAAUGCUGAACAGGCGAUCGAUACGCUUCUUCUUUCGGACUCCCUGUUCAGAUCCCAAGAUUUGGCGACUAGGAAGAAGUAUGUAGCACUAGUGGAGAGUGUCAGGGAACAGAACGGAACUGUACACAUAUUUUCGUCUAUGCAUGUAUCCGGCGAACAGCUAAGUUUAUUGACCGGAUGUGCUGCUAUACUUCGAUUUCCUAUGCCUGAUAUAGAGGACGAUACCCUAAGUGACGAGGAACAAACAUAAUUUGUUUAUGGUUACUUUUACGCACUCCUAUUCUUCACAACGUCUAAAAAGAGACGUGAUUCUAGGGUGAGCUCUUGAGCCGGUUUGACCUUUUUUCAGAUUGUUUCUUGUUUCAAUCUAGUUUCAUCUGACCCGAUGCCAACCCAUAUUUUGGGUAUUCUCUUUCACUAAGUACUUGUUAUUGUUGUUAAAUUUUUGUUUGUAAACUUAUUCCACUGUAGUGCUUUCGCUUCUUGCGCUCACCAUCGUUCUCUUCACGGUCAGCUCAAACGUCUUCCACGUAUUUCACUGUGAUCUGUUCAUUCAUACAUCUCUACGCCUAUUUUACUCUCCAGCUUUGUCAGGUAGUUCAAUACGGGCGCUAGGGUUUGUGGUGUUCUGGUCACUGUCAUUACUUACGGACGAUAUAAGAGCCUGUUAAAUGCUUAGUUUCUGUGAAACAGCAGUGUAGGGUAAACAGUACAAGUUUCGUUUUUGAGAAUCGUUAUC